CUCGCAUCAGACCGUCCGUUCGAAUCCCCGAAACCGUCCCCCAAAUCCCAAAAACCCUCCGCCGGCUCGCCCUCCCGCCCCCGAUCGAGAAGAACCCUAGCUCCGCCGCUCGCCGGCGAUGGAGGCGCCGGACGAGGAGGCAGGGCUGGGACUCCCUGAGGGCGAGCGGCUGCUGGAGGUGGCCCUCAUCUCCGCGCAGGGGCUCAAGCAGCCCCACUCGGGCCUGCCGCGGCGGAGGCUGCACGCGUACGCCGUGGCCUGGGUCGACGCGGGGCACAAGCUCCAGACCCGCGCCGACGACGCGGGCGGCCUCGACCCGGCGUGGCACGCCCGCCUCCUCUUCCGUGUGCGCGAGGCCUCGCUCGCCGACGACUCGCGCGCCGCCGUCUCCGUCGAGAUCUACGCGGCCGCCGCGGGCACUUGGCACUUCGGCGGGGACUCGCUCGUCGGCUCGGCGCGCUUCCUCCUUGGCGACCACCGCCUCCUGUCCCGCCCCGUCGGCUCCCCCUCCAUGUUCGCCGUCGGCGUGCGCCGCCCCUCCGGCAGGGUCCACGGCCUCCUCAACGUGGCCGUCAGCCUCGUCGCGGUGCCACCGUCCCCGGCCGCCUGCCACGCCCUCCGCCUCUCGCCGGCCGUCUCCCUCAGCGGCCUCUCCGUGGCGCCCACCCCAAACCGCGUGCUCCGCGUCCUCAACCGCACGCACCCGACACCUCCACCGUCCCCGAGGCUUCUUACGCCCAAGAAGCAGCCGAUGGUGGUCAAGACCAACAAUAAGGUCGCGGACGACGGCAGCGAUGAGGAAGGGGCCGAGGAAGACGCGAGGGGGAUGGGCGGGGUCGUCUUCUGCGGGCCCUGCGUCUUACCAUUACCAAGGAAGAUACACACGAGCCCCUCAGACGAGAACCUGCAGGCCUUCGCUAACAUCAUCUCUGGUGGCGGGCUCAGGCAUUGCCGGCAGAGCCCUCAUUUUUGAGGAGUCCAGGCAAGGUAUAGCUGAGUUGUAUCAUAGCAUCUCUUGUUAUCAUCAGAAAUACGUUACAUCAAAUUUUGUGUAGAUUCAAUGGAACUAUAUAGUAUUUGUGCCGGAUAUAUCAGUCUUGAAAUUCUUUGCUGGUCUCUAGUCUAUCAUGUUGGAAGAAAGCUGCUUCUUGCUCGAUACAGAUUGGUAAUUUCAGUGGGGAACAAUACUUGCAGCAUUUACAAAGUCUUAUUAUUUA